CUUUUACUACCGGUCGGUCGCUGUCGUUGAUAUGGUGGAGCUUUAGAGUGCGGUUGCCGUUGUUGGAUGAUCGGUUUAAGUUCAAUUUUAUUCCGUUUUUUUUUUAAUUUAUUAAAUUUAAUUUCACUUUGAGUUUUAAUGUGGCUUUCCAUUUAAAGAGCAAUAUUAACACUCCGAGAAUAGCGUUGUUAUCCCCACCAAAACCCCAUAUUCAUGCUGCUGCCGUAUUCCAGACUACACCAUCAGAACUACAGAAUAUGCACUGCGAGUAUCUAACUAUAACUCUAUCUUAACAAUUGUAGAUACAUAUGUACUUAAUGGAUACGCACCAACAGAUCACUGAUCGUAACGUUGUGGAAGGAAAAUUCAAUUUUCAUUCACAUGGUGUACCAAUGCUGUUAUAAAGACCAUUGACUUAGUUUUUCGUACAUAAAGUUCAUUCGUAAAUUUCCCACAAAAAAAAAGUGAAACAAAAAAUACUUAAAUAAAAAUUGUAUCUAAACACUCAUAUAUGAGUACAUACCUUCCUGAAUAUAGUAUCGCAGCAAUAAACAACAACGACGUACGGCCGCUAGCAGCGGUGACGACGACGACGGACGUAGUAAACACCAGAACUGGAUACACUGGAGAAGACUGGUUGGACAGUUAGUUGAUGACUUUUCAACCAUCCGGAAGGUAGCUAUAGAACAAGUGUGUCUAUGAGAUACACUUUUAGUAUCUAACAAGAAGUGAUCUUGCAUAAAAACAUAUUAGGCAGCUAAAUAUUUUAAGCAACGACGGAAAAACAAACAAAACGCGAAAAAAUGUCAUAUUUUGAAGUUGUGAUAAGUGAAAGAACACACUUAUGAUGCGAUAUUAAUUUCGCUGAUUGUGGAAAAAAAAGACAGCUGUUUAAAUGAGUUCUUUGAAAAAUAAAUAAUACACACUAUUUGAAAAAAAAGAAAAUUUAUUACCUUUUUAACGAUGUCAACAGCAACUGGUAUUGAUGACGCUCAAGUCAAUGUGGAAGAUCUGCCGAUGGAAUUUAAGGUCAAGUAUGUUGGCUGUGAAGUAUCUCGAGGCCUGUGGGGCAUCAAGUACACUCGACGACCGGUCGAUAUAAUGGUUGGUGUUGCCAAGAAUCUACCACCCAACAAAGUACUUCCACAUUGUAAUUUAAAAGUAUCGACAUCCGGUGUUAAUGUAGACAUCAUUGCCCCAAAAGCCAGCAUAAAUAAUUGGAACUAUCCCAUAGAUACCAUCUCGUAUGGUGUUCAAGAUCUCGUCUAUACUAGAAUCUUUGCCAUGAUUGUAGUCAAAGACAACAAUAGUCCGCAUCCAUUUGAGGUGCAUGCCUUUGUUUGUGAUAAUCGGGCAACAGCCAGGAAAUUGACAUUUGCUCUAGCUGCAGCAUUCCAAGACUAUUCGAGGCGUGUCAAGGAGACUGGGGAGGGACACACUGAUAAUAUUACACCGACUCGGCAGAAGUUUGCAAUUGAUUUGCGUUCACCGGAGGAACUUCAGGAAAAUCUUGACGAAGAAACUGAAGCUUGAUGAGAAAAAUUAGGAACAUUAUAAAAAGUGUGAAUAUAUUUUGAUAUUGUAAAUAAAUUGUAAUUUGUUUUUUCAUAUAUUUUUUUUAAAGAAAUCUAAAAGAUAAUUUUUAUAUAUUGUAUAUUUGAGUUUGACAUACAGCAGAAAGUUCCAAAAAUAAUUAUAUAUACAUAUUUAUUUAAAAAUUUAGGUAACACAAUUUAAUGUUUGUAUUUAUUAAAUUUUAUUGAAAAUGUGUGCAUUUACGUUCUAUAUUUAAUUUGUUUGUAUAGAAAAAGAGUAAGUUUUUUUUUUGUCGUGUGGUGUUUAACUAGUCGUUUAAAGUUAUUUUUUAUAUAUGAAUGGUACUAAGAAUAUUAAAAUAUUUGAAACAAUGUUUUUUUUUAUUUUGUAUUGCAAUAAAAGUAAUUUGAAUUUGUUUUCUUUUA